AUUGGCAUCUAUUUUUGGAAGGAAAAUUAGAAAUAAUUAUGAGUUUCAGUGAAUUUUUAAGUGGUUAAAUAAAUAAAAUUUGAGACCAAACAUGGAUUUCUUUUCUGAAAUUAUAGGGGAAACUGUCGUUCUUGGAAUAGAUUCUCUUAUAUUAGGAUUUUGUGUAAAACAGCUGAGUAAAUGUAAACAUAUCUUAAAUGCCUUGCAGACAGCACCAAUACUUGAUAUUGACUCAACCUUAAAUAAAGAGAUUAACAAAUACUCUGACCAUGUAAUACCUUAUGUUGUCAUCAGGGGGUUAGUGAAGCCCCUCGGCAAUCCAAUAGUUAGCAAUUAUAACAACACUGUCACUGGUGUCAUACAAAGGUUGACAAUAAAGGAGCAUGUUAUUGCGAGAACAUCAGCUGGAUUCUGGUCGGAUCAGACUCGCACAAUACAUGAAGUGUGCAACGCAACACCAUUUGUGCUCAACAAUGGGAAGUACAGCAUUGAAGUUGUGGAUGCACUGGCCGCAGAAUUAUUGGAUCUUGAUGUAAUAUCUGACAAGUUCGAACCCAUGUCUCCUGGCGUCAUUGACCACGUGUGGGGCUUCUUCUCGGGUGUCCGGCAGCGCGGCCUUCAGACAAUGGAGGAGAUGCUCCGCGAUGGUUCCUACAUCACCGCGAUCGGGGAGCUCAGCAGGACACACACUGGUGCUUUGAAGAUACAACCACCUAGAGACGGAUUACCUCUCUACCUCACUACAGCCACUAAGUCUAGCUUAUUGAAAAGGCUUGCCAGCUCUAGAGAUUUCUUAAGAAUUCUGCUGGUGGUGUUCGGGGCGGUGGCCGUGCUGGCAUCGGGGCGGGUCGCGUACAAGUACCUGAAGCGUCGCAAGAGGCUGCAGCUGGAGGACUCCCUCAAGCGGCAGCUCGCCGCCGGCCGCAAGGAGCGACGCGCGCACGCUCGGGAGAAGAACCUCACUGAUGUGCAGCUGUGUGUGGUCUGCUCGGAGAACCCUAAAGAGAUAAUAUUACUGCCCUGUGGCCAUGUGUGUCUCUGUGAAGAUUGUUCAGAGAACAUCAAAGACAACUGCCCAAUUUGUAGAGAGCGGAUAGAGGCCCGCGCCCCCGCCUUUAUCACAUAAAUACACACUAGCUGAACAUUUUUAUAGUUAUAUUUAAAAAAAAAAAAAAUGUUAUUAAUAAAAUUAGACAGCUAAAAUAGAUAAAGCAAAAAUUUACGUUUCCAGUAAAGUACAGUUUUAUCUGUAGAGGUUAACUGCAUUGUUAAAGAA